UCUCCGCCUCCAUGCAGGUGCUCUGCUGAUCUUUCGCGUCCGCUCAUUUGGCUUUAUUUUCAUGCUAUUAUUUACACUGCACCGCUGCUCUAAAUGCAUUGAUUCUUAGAGCUCCGGCACACUUUCAUUCUUAUCCCCCUUCUUUUUCUCCCAUUUUUUGUUGGGGAGAAGAAAAGACUCCCACAACAAGCAUGUCUUAUCCUCAGGGUUACCUCUAUCAGCCUCCGGGCUCUCUGGCUCUCUACUCCUGUCCGACGGGAUACGGUGCUUCGGCUUUGACCGCCCCCAGGAGCGAGGAGUUGGCUCGGUCUUCAUCGGGCUCUGCCUUCAGCCCCUACCCCGGCUCGGCUGCCUUCUCUGCCUCAGCCAGCGGCUUCUCCAGCCCGCUGCCCUACUCCACCGACCCGACCACGGGGCUGCCGUCCUAUAUGGGUUCGCCGUAUGACACGCACGCAACGGGCAUGGCGGGAGCAUUGAGCUACCAUCCGUAUGGUACUCCCGGCUACCCCUACCAACUGAAUGACCCGGCCUACCGCAAGAAUGCCACGCGGGACGCCACGGCGACCCUGAAGGCCUGGCUUCAGGAGCACCGGAAGAACCCGUACCCCACCAAAGGCGAGAAGAUCAUGCUGGCCAUCAUCACCAAGAUGACCCUCACGCAGGUGUCCACCUGGUUUGCCAACGCCAGGAGGAGACUGAAGAAGGAGAACAAGAUGACGUGGGCCCCGCGGAACAAGAGCGACGACGAGGAGGAGGACGACCCGGAUGGUGAGAGGAAGGAUGAGCGCGCAGAGAAGAACCCUGACCACAGUGAAACAUCUGCCGAAGAUGAAGGCAUCAGUCUGCACGUGGACACCCUCACUGACCUCUCAGCAGAUUCGGAUGUGGAGAAGCCUGGCUGUCGGAUGGGUGACCUGGGCUGCGAGUCGGGAUCAGACUCCAAAGACAAAUACCUGGACAACCUGCGUGACAGCUCCGGAGAGGGCCGACUCAGAGGCCUAUCGCCCAAGUCCGUGACCCCGUCACCGCUGACAGGGGUGGAGGCCCCACUUCUAGGCCUGCAGCACCGAGAGGACCUUAGGAACAACAACACCAAGGGUUGCAUGGACAGCCGCGUCACGUCAGAGCAGCACAACCCGUCUGCCAAACCCAAACUCUGGUCUCUUGCGGAAAUCGCGACGUCGGACCCGAAGCAGCAGGUGGGACAGAGCACUCACCCGGCUGCCGGCCUGUUGACCUCCAGCACCUCACAUGCGACGCCUGGGAGCGCUCUAUACCCGGCCUCGUCGCUCCUGGGCCGGCCUAUCUACUACACCUCGGCGUUCUACAGUAACUACUCGAACUAUGGCAACUUUGGAGCUCUGCAGGGACAAGGCAUAUUGCGGUACAACUCGUCUGGUGUCGGUACAGACGGACUAGCCCAGUCUGUGCUCACAGUUAACGCGCUUCAGAAGCAUUGUGGUGGCGGUGGUGGUGGUGGUAGUGGUGAUCCACUAAUAAAAGCCAACCCAAACCACCUCGAGCAACACUUCAGAUCCGCACAUAUAGAAUCUAAGAAAGGUACGUAAAGAACCAGCCCUGCUUCUAUUGCUUUUUUUUUUACUUCCUCAGUUAUUGCGGUGUCUUUGGGAAAUAUAACUUUUUUGUUUACCCCGGAGCUGUCUGUAUUUGCAUUUGCACUCGUCAGAAGUAUUGACACAUUUGACUCGGUUUUGCGCAGUCUGUCAGAGCCUGGCCUAUAUGGUCACGGAGGAGCGACCGUGAGAGACAGCCCUUCGAUGUAGAAGCACCAUCUGCGCGGCUGCGUUUUGCUUUUGCGUGGCCAUCACUAGGAAAGCCAUGACCACGACCACGUCUGGGACUAAAAGCAAAAGUGUAAACUGUGGCGGCUGUGUUUUUUUCCCAGCUAGCCCCAUGCACGGGUGUGUGCACUCAGUACACAGUAUGUAGGAUCCCUCUCCCUCUCGCUCUCAGAUUGGAGGGGGCAUGUUCGAGUAAAAGUCCUCGGGUGUUGUCUUCGCUUGUAGGUGACACGGGCUCUCACUGUAGACAAACAUAGUGUAUGUAACAAUUAUAUAUGCUACUGAUAUUAUCUAUGCAAUUAUUAUUUGACAAACCUCAUAGUAUAUGGGAUGUUUUUAAGAGUUUUAUUUAUUUCCUGUCCCCCACCCUUUGCGCUUCAACAUGUAUGACCCAAGAGCUAUAGGCUGGCCUGAAAAGUGCAGUGGCCCAUAAUACUGCACAUGUCUGGGCAUGGUAGGGUCCUGGCAUGGUCCUCUCCUGCCCCUGAUGCCGACACUUAUUUGCAAUGUCACGCACUUCCUUUCUCCACGUCUCUGCUGCAAGAUGCGGACUGACGUGACUUUCUAUUUCCUUGGUCCACAGGUAGGUGUCACACUUGCUUUGAAUAAGGCGCUUGAG